UUUUUUCCUGCUCUUAUGUUUUUCAUAGUUUUAUAUUGAAAAUCCUUAAACGUACGCCAUUCCUAUAAUAAUAAUAAGCGACACUAUAAGAAUAGGUACAUUGUCAAGGUUUCAUUCACCGACUCCUUUUGGUUGCUACAGAGACAGGGAGACAAGACAGAGUAGUACAGAUUACUACCAAUGGCUACCAAGGUUUACAUUGUUUAUUAUUCUACGUAUGGACAUGUUGAGAAGCUAGCUAGAGAGAUAGAAAAAGGGGCUGCUUCUGUGGAGGGAGUAGAAGCAAAACUGUGGCAGGUACCUGAAACAUUGCCUGAAGAAGUCCUUGCUAAGUUGGGAGCACCUCCAAAGAGUGAUGUUCCAAUUAUUACUCCCAAUGAGCUUCCUGAGGCUGAUGGCUUUUUGUUUGGUUUUCCCACAAGAUUUGGAUCUAUGGCCGCUCAAUUUAAAGCAUUUUUUGAUGCAACUGGAGGCCUUUGGCGUACACAGGCACUAGCAGGAAAGGCCGCAGGGUUCUUCUAUAGCACUAGUUCUCAAGGAGGAGGCCAAGAAACUACCCCGUUGACAUCUAUUACUCAGCUUGUUCACCAUGGAUUGAUCUUUGUCCCCAUUGGAUACACAUUUGGCGGUGGCAUGUUUGAGUUGGAGAAGGUGAAAGGUGGCUCCCCAUAUGGUGCAGGAACUUAUGCUGGAGAUGGCUCAAGGCAGCCUAGUGAAUUGGAAUUGGCUCAAGCUUUCCAUCAGGGAAAGUACUUUGCGGGCAUUGCAAAGAAGCUCAAGGGAUCUCAAUGAUUUUUAUCCUCCAUAUAUCUCCCACACCAUAUUCUGUGUCAAAUAAAAUGAGAUGUUAGAAGCAAAAAUAAAAUAAAAGUGUGAGAGAAUAAAGUAAUACUUCAUAUAUCUUCGAUACAAUUGUUGUCACCACUUGUCAUCGUCGUAUCCUGUAAUGCAGUUUUUAUUGUCAAUAACAAGAAUUUGGUAAUUAAUACUGGAAA